GUGCAUCUCUGCCUGGAUCACAUUCAAGAAAAUGCUCACUUUUACUGAUGUGACAGAAUUUAUUCUCUUGGGACUAACUAGUCGCCCUGAAUUACAGCUGCUGUUCUUUGUGGUCUUCUUACUGGUCUACAUCGUCACCCUGGUUGGGGACGUUGGUGUGAUCAUACUCAUCCGGAUCAGUCCCCAGCUCAUCAGCCCCAUUUAUUUUUCCCUCAGUCACUUGUCUUUUGCAGAUGUGUGGUUCUCCUCUAAUGUCACUCCCAAAAUGUUGGAAAAUUUGAUAUCUGAGACCAAAACCAUUUCCUACCCUGGCUGUAUAGUGCAGUGUUUCUUCUUCAUUGCCUUCGUCCAUGUAGAAGUCUUCAUCCUCGCUGUGAUGGCCUUUGACAGGUACAUGGCAAUUGGCAACCCUCUGCUCUACGGCAGUAGAGUGUCAAGGAUUGUCUGUAUUCGACUGAUCUCUUUCCCUUAUGUAUAUGGCUUCUUUAUAAGUUUCAUCUCCACAUUGUGGACCCAAGUCUUGUACUUCUGUGGGAAUAUUGAGAUCAACCACUUCUACUGUGCAGACCCAGCCCUCAUCAAGAUGGCCUGCACAGGAACCUUCAUUAAAGAAUACACCAUGCUCACAUUGGCGGGUCUCAACUUCUCUUACUCUUUACUAGUCAUUAUUAUCUCCUACAUAUUUAUCCUUAUUGCCAUCCUAAGAAUGCGCUCAGCAGAAGGAAGAAAGAAAGCCUUCUCCACAUGUGGAUCUCAUUUGACAGCUGUCACCAUAUUUUAUGGAACUCUCUUCUUCAUGUACCUCAGAAGUCCAACUGAAGAGUCUGUGGAGCAGGGGAAAAUGGUAGCUGUGUUUUAUACCACGGUGAUUCCCAUGUUGAAUCCCAUGAUCUACAGCCUCAGGAACAAAGAUGUGAAGGAGACCAUGAGCAAAGCGGUCAGUAGGACAUACUUAAUGAAAUAA